AAACAUGAUGCCUCCUUUUAACUUUGUAGGUGGGGUUCAGACACCUGGAGUGACUAGUAAAACUUCGGCUGUUAAUACAGACUUGACUUCAGCAGAGACGCUAAACUCAAUGAAGAGGAAAGUAUCGUUCGUUCCUAAGAAGAUAACCAGCCUAUCUCCAAGGUCCUUAAAGAGGAUGAUGAAGAAGAAGCAAAAGUCCUCAUUCAACGAGAGUUCCACAAAAGACGAUACCACCUUUGAGGACAAGCUGUAUUACUACUACAACACAUAUAACGAAGACUUUGGAUUUGAUAAACACAUGAUCUUCGAUUCACUUAGAGUUCUAAGGCAAGCUAACCAAGACUCUCCUUCAAAGAAGGCUAAGAAAAGUCAUACCAACGAAAGACCCAAAAAGAACCAUCAAGCACAAAGUCCUGAGAUUGAUACUAUAAAGAAAAAUACUGAUAAUUCAGAUUUAAAUAACAUUUUUGAGACUAAAAAGGCAAAAAUUAAUGAAUGGACCAGGAUUGCAGACUUCAUACUUUCUCCAAACAAUCAAUUCUUCAAGGAGUUUGUCGAAUGCGUUAAAAAAUUCCAGCCGUAUGGUGAAGUUCUUAAAAAGAAGAGAGACUGAAAAGUUAGAAAUAAGUCGUUAAUCAGAAAGCUCAGAAGGGGCAGUAAGAAUUCCAGAAGGAUUAGUAUCUCCCAACACUCGACUGGCAACAUGAAUCACUCAUUUCUAAAGAUGAUGAAUACUAACAAGGAAGGAUUUAGACCAUCGAUGUUUUCAAAGUUCAAGGAUGACAGCUCGGUUAAGUCUAUAUCUUCAUGCGAUACCCCGACUCGUUUAAUUGAGAAGUCCCAAUAUUACCCAAAAAUUUUAAGACAGAUGAAUAAAAAGAAAAGCAUAGUCAAGAGACUGUCAGAACUCCAAAUUCAUCAAACAGGGUUUCUUAAGACAGCAAGGAAGGCAAUGUCUCCUAGGAUACAACUGAAGAAGCUUUCAAGAGAUCCCUCUCCCUUCCAAAGACUUCAGACCAAGAUUUCAAAAAAUGCUGAUUUGUAUUCCAGUUAUUCACAUCGUAGGAAAUUUAUUUCUAAAGACCAUAUUGAAGAGAAUGAUUCUGAGCCAUCUAAAGAACCUGUUCAAGAAAAGGUCAAACAUAAGGAUAUCUCAAAACCAAACGAUGGGUUAAGAAAGCAAGACAUUAUUAGAAGAAUCAAACCAUCCUUGCUCCUCGAGUAUAAACAUAGCCCUAAAUUAACAAAUGGUCAAUCAGGAAGGAUGAAGAAAGAAUUAGCAGGGAGCCCAAAUAAAUUGAUUGCUGACCAUUCGGCUCGAUGAUUAGCCAUUAGUCCAACACCUUCUUAUCAAAGAAAAGCUUUAAAUUUAAAUGCUUAUAUUGGAGUUCAUUCAAAAUCAUUUGCGAAUUUUGUUAAAUCUCCUAGCAAGAAAACCCCAAGAGCAAGCUCGAAACAUCUGAAGACUCCUAAAAUGAAAGAAUCUGAUGAAGAGAGGUUAAUUGAAAUCUCUCCUCUCCAGAGUUCAGACCUAAAAUCUAUAGAAAAAGAAGUUAAAAACAGUGAACGAUUGAAACAACUGAUAACAAGUAGGCCGAGAUGCUUCCUUCAAAGGAUAAAUAACAACAAUUUCCAUCAUUACAGGUCUGGGGCACAUAGUCCAGAGCCCAAGACAAGGACAAGCAGGAAGAAGUUUGCAGCUUAUGAGCUUAUCUAAAUAAAUAGAGUGAGAAAUUA